CGGCGUAAAACUAAACUCACUCACUCACUCAUGCCACACUCUGUAUUCUCGCACUGCAUUGGUUACAGGCACAAUGUCACGCAUUUUCGACAGUAUUUUGGCCUAUAUUAUACAUAUUGGGGCAUAUGCACCCACUGUAGGUUCCAAUUGAUGCAAUAAUAGGAUCCCUUAAGACUUGACUGCAAUCGAUAAUUAAUGGACUUCGAAGCGAAUAGCUUCCAGAGAACACUUGCAAUAUCUGCAAUAUAUGCUUAAAUGCAAUAAUGACAACGUUUUUUGUGCGUUCUGUAAAUUAAAUCAAAACAAUACUGUAACAAGAAACGCUAACAAAUUCUGUUUUUAUUCCUUUGUUUCCUAUCAGGAACAGCUGACACAAAGGUAUGAAUAUAUGUAAAUAAUAUAUGUCAUUUAUUACAUGAAACAACAGCAUCGAUUCAAUGUAGGUAUGGCUGCUUAUCUAUGUGGGUGAGGGAAGAUCCAUGGGCUAAAUAUAGAAUGAAACGUCAUCCUCUUAUCUCAAAAGUAUAGUAUUGACAUUAUAUAUUCACUGCUGCUACCCGGUGAUCUUCAGAUGACCUACUGCCAAUACCACACACCUGCAAUCACCAGGAACGAUUCGAUCGUAUGACCUAUAUUCAGUUAUGGAACUUCAGGCGACCAUGUCGGACACAGCAGUUCACGAACCAGACGAUGAUGGCUCGCCACCAUGGUAUCGCUCCACUCGGUACUGGAUAUCUUUCGUCGGAUCCUUUGGCAUAGUCAACACAUUCCUACAACGCGGCGACCUCAGCAUGGCCAUCGUCUGCAUGGUCAACCACACUGCCGUGGACAUCCUCAAAUACGGCAUAUCUGUCAACGGCAACGUGAGCCUCUUCACCAACGACAGCAGAGGGUUUCUGGACACCAGUGGCAUUACGAAUUUAUCAUACGUCACAAUCGUGGAAAGAGACACUAAUGUCACUGAAGGAGUACCUUUGCAUGAUUCCUGUGACUCAAAAACUGUUGAUGUUAAAGAGCGUGAGGACGGGGAGCUAAUUUGGGACAAGGAGACCCAGGGCCUUGUCCUGGGCGGACUUUUCUGGGGCUAUAUGAGUCUUCAGAUAUUCUGCUCAAUCAUUAUACAACGAUGGGGAUCAAGGAAAGUGGUGGCGAUCGGGAUGUUCUUUAUGUCAGUACUGACGUUGUUGACACCGGUCACAGCAAGGUGGUCUCCCUGGGCAGUGCUCGUACUCAGAGCAAUUAUUGGAGUAUUUAAUGGAUUCACAAUAAAUGGAAUCUUUGCUCUGUGGGGUAAAUGGGCUCCACCUUCAGAACGAAGUCGUCUAGUAUGUAUCAUGUACUCCGGCACCAUGUCUGCAACCGCUUUGGUGUUCCCACUGUCAGCUUUCCUCUGUAAAGUGAACUUUGCUGGAGGUUGGCCCACUGUAUUCUACUUCUAUGGUGUCGUAGGGGUAUGCUGGACAUUUAUUUGGAUAUACAGUGUUUACGAUGACCCUGCACACCAUCCCAGAAUACACCCAAAGGAACGGAAAUAUAUACAAGACUCACUAGGAAAGUCGACAAAGAAAGGGGUUCAAUUGCAGCUACCUACACCGUGGAGGACUAUUUUUACUUCCUUACCAUUCCUUGGUAUAGUAUCUGCACACGUGACCUAUAACUUCGGCCUCUUUCUCAUGAUGUCCAACCUACCCACCUACAUGAUGGAAGUACUUCGCUUCGACAUACAAUCGAAUGGCGUAUAUUCCCUCAUCCCCUAUCUGGCGAUGCUUCUGGCAAUAUUGUUGGGAUCACUAUUUGCGGAUACUCUCAUCGAGAAACAGUUACUGAGUGUAAACUAUACCAGGAAACUCAUGACAAUACUCGGCCAUCUUAUUCCUGGAAUUCUGCUGAUAAUACUCAGUUAUCUGGACUGCUCCCAGAAAGACAUCGCUGUAGCCCUUCUGACAUUAAUCAUUGGUCUCAGCGGUCUGGCCUACUGCGGACUCUUCGUCAACUUCUACGACAUUGCACCUGUGUUUGCAACGAAGAUUAUGAGCGUCUCCAACGCCAUUAGCAUGAUACCUGGAAUACUGGCCCCGUAUGUCGUGGCCGAGGUAACAAAAGAUAAAACAAGGGAACAAUGGCAGAUCGUAUUCUUCCUCACCGCUGGUCUGCUUGGUUUGGGAACUGUUGUGUACCUGAUUCUUGGACAAGGUCACGUACAGAAGUGGGCGGUCAUCCAGGAAGUACCUGAGGAAGAGAAGGCUCUUCCUUAAUGAUUAUCAAUCUGCAUCCUGAUACAUAUGAGCAUAUAUUUAUAUAGUAAUUACAACGAAAAAUGUUUAUACCAGGUUUAGCGUUAUGCGUUGAUGAACUCAGGAAAAGAGAAAGUG